AUGGGAGAAGCCGUAGAGAUCAUGUUCGGAAAUGGGUUCCCGGAGAUUCACAAAGACACGUCACCCAUUCAAACUCUCCACUCCAACCAGCAGGACUGCCACUGGUAUGAAGAAACCAUCGAUGAUGAUCUCAAGUGGUCUUUUGCCCUCAACAGUGUUCUCCAUAAGGGAACUAGUGAGUACCAAGAAAUUGCUCUCUUGGACACCAAACGGUUUGGAAAGGUGCUUGUAAUUGAUGGGAAAAUGCAAAGUGCCGAGAGAGAUGAGUUUAUCUACCAUGAAUGUUUGAUCCACCCAGCCCUCCUUUUCCACCCAAAUCCAAAGACAGUGUUUAUAAUGGGAGGAGGUGAAGGCUCUGCUGCAAGAGAAAUACUAAAACACAAGACGAUCGAGAAAGUGGUCAUGUGUGAUAUUGAUCAGGAAGUUGUUGACUUUUGCAGGAGAUUUCUGACCGUGAACAGCGAUGCUUUUUGUAAUAAGAAGCUCGAACUUGUGAUCAAAGAUGCAAAGGCUGAAUUGGAGAAAAGAGAGGAGAAGUUUGAUAUCAUAGUAGGAGAUUUAGCAGACCCAGUGGAAGGUGGGCCUUGUUAUCAGCUCUACACCAAAUCUUUCUACCAAAACAUCCUCAAACCUAAGCUUAACCCCAAUGGCAUCUUUGUGACUCAGGCUGGUCCAGCAGGAAUAUUCACUCAUAAGGAGGUCUUCACAUCAAUCUACAACACCUUGAAGCACGUUUUCAAGUACGUGAAGGCAUACACAGCACAUGUGCCAUCAUUUGCGGACACAUGGGGAUGGGUGAUGGCAUCGGACCAAGAGUUUGAGAUUGAAGUUAACGAGAUGGAUCGUAGAAUCGACGAGAGAGUCAAAGGAGAGUUGAUGUAUUUGAAUGCUCCUUCUUUCCUCUCCGCUGCUACUCUCAACAAGACCAUCUCUCUUGCGCUGGAGAAGGAGACAGAAGUUUAUAGUGAAGAGAACGCAAGAUUCAUUCAUGGUCAUGGCGUGGCGUACCGGCAUACUUGA